AUGAAGCGUGCAAGGUCGCCACUUAGUGACAAUACAGUUCGGCGUAUUGUAGAAGAGGACAGUUUUGGUGAGGAUUCAUCAGAAGCUGAUUCAGGUAGUGAGAGCAGUUCAUAUAUUGAUGACACAGAUGACGACCCUACUUAUGAACCGGUACUUGAUGUAAAUACACCAUCCACAAGUAGGGCUAAUGUAGGACAGCUUUUGUCAUCUAGUGAUACAGAUGAUAAUGAAAACUCAUCUGUAACCAAUCCAACAAACAGGCCAUCUGGGGUUAGACAUGUACCUAGGCCUCCUGUACCUAGACCACCUGUACCUAAUAGUGGAAGUGAUACUGAUAUUGGGGAUGAUGAGGAAGACUGGCUGAGCAGUGAGUGGUUUGAUGUGAAGGAGAGUAGACCUGGGAAUGAAAGCAACUCGGACAGAGAAUGUGGUGCUGGUGAUGCUCCUCAACCUGUUAAUGAAUUUUUUAUAAAAUUACCAAAUAGAAAAGAAAAGAACUGCUCAAAAAAAUAUAGUCGGUUCUGGGGUCUCCCCGCCUACAGUUCCGAGGUCGCGAGUCCCACUACCUACUCCCGCUCCCCGGCCACCCACCGGCCCAUCGCAAUUCAACGGGAGCCCCGCGCCUUACUUACUAGCCGGGGAAACACGCCGAUCAACCUCUCAAGCGCACCGUACACCACCAGCAGCCCUGACUCAGGGUGCAACCCACAGUCUCCACCCCCUGGGCUCACACGUGCAAUCGCGAUCACCGCCCUCAGCCAUCCACCGUCCCGACCCCCGCAAUCGCCCGCCACGCUCCACCGCCUUCUCUCCACUGAUCACCGAACUUUGCAUCGAGACACCUCCUACGCCUGCUGUACUACAGCUCCCCUCAACCCAGAUCCGUACGUCGAGUCGCCGGUUCCAUGCCCCUCGUCGCGACCCCCUUCCCGGGUCCUGCACCCGCCGAACACCCACCUCCGCCUGCAGCCCCGUCCCCCCCCGGCCUGCCGAGUCUCCGCAAUCAUUCCAUACACCGAACCAGCGACACCAGUGUACCCGAGCUCCCUCAAUCAACUCGCCAACCGGCGCCCUAGCGGAACCGCCCUCGAUCCGACAGCCCGAAGCCCGCCCGUCUCGCCCCCUCUUGCCUGCCACCAUCGGAACCCUCCCCCCCUGCCUCCCGCCGCGGUUCCCACUCCCGUCCCAUUGACCCCCGCGCUCGUCCCUACCUUUCGUCCCGGUCCGACGCUUCCACUCCGGCGCCCGCCGAAACCCCCGCGAGCAGCGCCUCGCUGGCGCUCUCCGACCGCCCGCCCUCCCCGCCGCUCACCGCCCCCCCGGCCCUGGCACGUGCCCGGGCCCACAACGGCUACCCCGCACCGCGCCCCUUCCCCAACUACGCGAUACGUGUCGGGCCCGUUCACGCCGUUGGGGAGGCGCGCUCCCCAUGCCCGACGCCGCCUACCCUGUCGUUGA